GCGACAUUCUGCACAUCUCUGAGCUAGCAACACACAAUCUGUGAAAAGGCUAGGUGAUUGAGUUGAAGGAUGGCUGGCCCUGCUCCGGCUUCUCUCCGUGAUUUGUACGCAACCCCAUCCACUGCCUGGUCUUUCGUGCCACCCUCGCUCUCUCAGGACUCUGCUCCUGGCAACAACUCUCAUCCUCCUAUCGCCGGACCGUCGUCAUCGGGACAAUGGGCCACACGUACAGCACCCAACCCACUAUUCGACCUUUCGUCGUCGCUGUCUGGCGAUGAUUCCGGCUUAGAUAUUACAUCAUUGGCGCAAGAACUCCUGGUUGCCGCAUUCUAUCAAUACGCGACGACCGCUAUUGCUCAGCCAUGGGAGGUCGGAAAGACAUUGCUUCAAGUUCAGUGGGUGCCGCGGGAUCCACGAGACAUCUCGCCAGACCCGGCAGCGGAGGUCGACGACGAGGGCGAGUUGAGCGAUUCAUCUUCAAUCGAAAAUGACUCCUACUUUGCGGACCCUACUGCCGAGAAGCCUCCGAGGCCUCCACGUCCAGCAGACGAGGGUGGCUACAUCAUCCGACAAUCCUUAUUGGAAGAAGGCACUCAGCCUGAAUAUGUGAUCCCCGUCGGGAGCGCGGAUGGUACAUGGGCAAUGAUGAAGCGUGUUGGUCGUUUCAGAGCGGAGGGGUGGCUUGCGUUAUGGAAAGGUCUUUUGACUUCGGCAGUGACCUCUGGUCUCUCUGCGGUUCUACAGCCGGCUAUCUACUCCCUCCUCCAGUCCACGUUCUCUCCAUUCUCUCCAUACUCAUAUCCAGGCGGCACGCCCUCCGUACUCCUACCUGUGGCUUCUCAGGUGCUCGCGGGCUUCAUUCUCUCCCCUUUGGAGCUUGUCCGUACCCGACUGAUCGUACAGUCGUCCGUCCCGAGGCACCGCACUUACAGCGGACCGAUAGAUGCCCUCCGCCAAAUACUCGCUCACGAAGGCGGUCUCCGCGGUGUAUAUCUCCACCCUCACCUACUUAUCCCCACUCUUUUCGACUGCACACUCCGUGCGCUUAUCCCUCUCACGCUUCCCGGGCUCGUCGCGUCUUACGUAGGACUUGGCUCGAACAUUUCCCCGGAAACGACACCUAUGCAAUGGCAAAUAGCCCAGCUGCUUGGCACUGCCGUGGGGUGUUUCAUCAUUCUCCCAUUCGAGACCGUCCGCCGUCGGUUACAGGUUCAAGUGCGCGGGACUGCGCGACCGCUCAAGGCCUGCGUUGAGCUGCGUCCAGCUCCGUACAACGGCAUGGUCGAUGCGUUUUGGCACAUCUUGACAGAAGAGCGCUCGGACCUGCCCCUCAAGCCUGUCAGCCCUAAGCGGAAACGGAGACGCAGCUCGGUGAAGGGCAAAGAGACCGCGAGGGAGGUCGAGGCGGAAUAUGUCGAGGAGGAACACGAGAGCUGGUUGAAGCACAGCGGGAUUGGUCAGCUCUUCCGUGGAUUGAACAUGCGUUUGGGCGCGGGUGCGCUUGUCUUCGUCCUGGCGCUCAUGAGUGGAUCGGAUGAGGCGGAUGCAGGGUGGGCAGAGCUUUGAGGACGAGUUGAGUACGUAGGAUCCAGGAUUCUCAUGUCUUACCGUAAGGUGCAUGCGGUCCUUUGGACGUCUGACAUUCACCAGUGUACUCCCUGCUAAUGACCCCCAACUCUAUCUGUAAUCGGGCUCAUAUUGGAGCAUCCCCUCAUGCAGAUAUCACCACCGUUUGAUGUAGACCCACGUUUAAC